AAAUCACCAGAAAAAGCUUCCUCCAUUGAAACACUAGCUCAGCACGCUAGUGAUCUGGGUGGGGUGAGAGUGGGGGACACACUAAAUAGGGUGUUUCUGCUAUGGGAUUUUGGCCCAAAUUGAGGAGGGUUUCAGAUUUCGGGUGUAACAAAUGGCCGGCUUCUUCUAUCUAGGCGGACGAGAAGGAGUAGCAGCAGCAGCUGCCAACAAACAAGAAGGAGAAGAUAAAGAAGAGAGUCUAUAUUUGUAUAGAAACGAGGAGAUCUACAACAACAACAACAACAAAGGGUUUGAGAUAUGGCCGCAGUAUUAUUACCAACAGCAGCAAAACAUAAGCCACUACUCAUUUGGAGCGGGUACCAGCCAAAGAACCACUGGGUUUAACUUAUCCGAUGACUCAUCUUCGAGAUCGGCGGGGUUCACGAUUAUGAGACAAGGAGGGAUGAGCUGCCAGGAUUGUGGGAACCAAGCUAAAAAGGAUUGUGCUCAUUUGAGGUGCAGGACUUGUUGCAAAAGCCGAGGGUUUCAGUGCCAGACGCACGUCAAGAGUACUUGGGUUCCCGCUGCUAGAAGGCGGGAGAGGCAACAACAGCUCGCAGCUUUGCAACCACAGCACCAAAAUCAACAACAACAUGAGUUUCGAGGAGAGAUCACCAAAAGGCAGAGAGAGAAUCAAGGCGUUCCCUCUCUUACCUGCACAUCAGGGUUGGAACUGGGUCAAUUCCCUCCCGAAGUGAGUUCAGAAGCAGUGUUCCGCUGUGUGAAAGUAAGCGCUAUAGACGACGUAGACGAGGAAUUCGCUUAUCAAACGGACGUGAGCAUCGCCGGGCAUGUGUUCAAAGGAAUUCUCUACGAUCAAGGCCCAGAAAAUCGUUACACCGGUGGCGGUGAAAGCUCUCGGCGACUUAAUCUAAUCACAGCAGCAGCUACGACGACGACCCCAGUUUCUAGUUCGAGCAAUCCAGGCACGAAUAUGCUGGACCCUUCGGUCUACCCAGCUCCACUCAACGCUUUCAUUGCUGGUACGCAUUUCUUCUCACCUCCAAGGUAUUGAUUUAGGGCCACUCUAUCCUUCCUUUCAGCAGAAACCUUGCACUUGUCAGAUUCAUCGUUUAUUAUUGGUUUUUUUCCUUAGCUACUAGUAUGUUAAAUGUUAACACCCAACGAACUAGACAGCAUAUAAUUUAAAUGAGAAUAGAAACUGAGAA